AUGAAAGAUGAUGGGCAUCUUGCCCUGGGGCUGUUCUUCGGCACGAUCACUUUCUAUCACCUCUCCGAAUUCGUGCUUGCUUGCACAUACAACCCGUCGACCGUUUCCAUCGAUUCAUUUCUGGCGAAUCAGGGAAGCUACAUGGGAGCUAUGUUGUUCGGUAUGUCAGAAUACUUCAUUGGCCACACUUUCUUCCCUGCCAGCAAGGGAUGGAGGGCGUGCAGGUUUAUUGGACUCGCUGGAGUUCUCUUCGGUGAAUUCUUCCGCAAGGGAGCGCUGAUUCAGGCGGGGAGCAACUUCACGCACAAGAUAUCCGACGGAGAGAAGAGGAGCUCGCACACUCUUGUGACUACUGGCCUGUACUCGAUAUCCAGACAUCCGGGAUACUUCGGGUGGUUCUACUGGUCGAUCUCGACUCAGGUGCUCCUGUGCAACCCGAUCUCCACCAUCCUGUACUCUAUCGCCUCCUGGAAAUUCUUUCAGGAUCGCAUCCCCUACGAGGAAUAUCAUCUCUGUCGAUUUUUCCAAGACUACCCGGCAUAUCGUGAUCGUGUGCCCACGAGAAUACCUUUCAUUCCUUAA